AUGCAUUACAUAAUGGGGUUUUCUGCUGCUGCUGCUGCUGCUGCUGCUGCAUCCAUGGCCCAUCAAAUGCUGCCACCUUCUCAUUCUGCCGUGUUGUUAUGUGAUCAAGGACUUUUCUACCUGAACUUUUCUCUUGCUGCGGCGACUGAUGAAGACGGUGAAGUUGGUUGCUUGAACACAUCUAAGCACGUAUUGGGAAAGAGUACUGUUCAGUCACUACAGUGCUCUCUGAUUCAAGGUUGGUUAGCUGUUGUCCUUGAUUUCAAACAUGGGGGGUUGGGAGAUUUUGGAGGUAGGGGAAGGGGAGGCAAUGGGAAGGGUUUUGUUUUAAUUGAUGUUUUUGCAGCAAAGGAACUGAUCCCAUCAAGUUUUAAUGCGCAGAUCUGUGAGCUUUGGAUGCUCAAAUCUCAAGUGCUUUUGAAUCUGCAGACAAAAGAAUCACACUGCUCUACGUUUGUUUGGCUGUACUUCGUGGAGCAAGAAUAUGUCUUGGCAUAUAUAAUGAGGAAGCAGAAGCUGUUUACUGCUUCUGCUUUUGUGCUUCAACUUGAAUCUGAAGCAGAUAGCUCACAUACGUCAGAGGUUUAUGGGGGAGAGGGAAGGGGGAGGAUAGGUUUAGGCAUUGAGCUCUGA